GUUCCACACGCUCAUGGCCGGGCCGCGGCGCUCGCCUGUUCCCCUGUUCCCUGCGUGUCCCUGUGGUGUCCCUGUGGUGUCCCUGUGGUUUCAGCAUCUCCUCGCACGGCUGCGGCCUGCCGGCCCCGCCUCUCACCUUUCACCUCCGGGGAUUCCGCUCGGCACUCACCGGGAAGCCCCAGUGGUGAAAAGAGCGGCCGCUGACCGGCAUCGCUGAGAGAGCUUUGCGGGCGCUGCCCGGCAGAGCUGAGGGGUCGCGCCUCUGAGAGGGUCCGGAAAGUCCCGGCGGGCCGGGGUUUCCCCGCCGCCCCCGGGAUGACGCAGCCAGGCCCCCCGGGGGCGGCCGCUAAGGGCCGGAGCCGGGUGUCCCGUGCUCAGUGCCGCCGCCCCGCUCCGACCCAUGGCUCCGGCCCGGGCGCUGCUGCCCGCGGCGCUGCUGGCGCUGGCGCUGAGCCCGGGCCCCGCGGCAGCGCUGCCGUGCAUCGCCGAGUGCCCGGCAGGUACGGGCCGGGCCGGGGCGCGGUGCUCCGGGCGCGGCCCGCGGUGACCGCUGUCUCUCGGCCCUCAGGUACUUUCGCAGCGAGCGCGGACUGCGGAGCGGGCGCGUCCUGCCGGCCCUGCCCGGCCGGCACCUUCUCCAGCUCGGCGGGAAGCGACGGCUGCAGAAUGUGUCGGCAGUGCCAAGGACUAUUUCGGUAUUCAAAAACGUGUUCCUCAACGAGUGAUGCUGAGUGCACGUGCAAGGAGGGCUAUCGCUGCGGCGGUGAUGGCUGCACCUACUGCACCCGAAGCUGUGGCGUGGGCCAGGAGAGCACCAGCAACGGUUGCCAGACUUGCCGCGAUGGAACCUUUAAUGAUCAGCCCAAUGGCUCCUGUAAAAACUGGACAAUAUGCUCUGGAAACCAAGUCCUGGAACCUGGAACUCCAGCAAAAGAUGUCAUUUGCAAACACACUUCAGUUAAUCCCACUUUAGUCACUACUGUACCUACCACAUCUCUUGAAAUUCCAUUUUCUAUAACUGUGCCAGGGAAGACUGUUCAGACAGACAUGAUCAGGAUUUCUCUCGCUGUGGCUGGACUGUCGUGCAUAAUGUUUCUGCUGCCUUUGUGCAUCUGCUUCAGUGUCUGGCAGAAAAAGAAACUACACUCUGUCUUCAAGAAAAUGCACACACCUGAACAGUCAAUUCAGGAAGAUGAUGCCUGCAGCUGCCGCUUCCCCGAGGAAGAACAAGGUGAAUAUCAGGACCCUGGCAAAUCCGCAGAAUUCAGAGAUCUUCUGGUGAACUAGAAAUUGAACUAAGUCAGCCACAUUUGAAUUUUCUUUUAAAACACAGAACAAGAACCUGUUUAUGUAAAUAGAGUGGAUGUCAGCUUCUGAGUGUUAGAGCAGUAAAUAGCCAGCCACUGAGGAAAAAGUGCUAUUUUUUAAUAUUUCUUUAAAAAAUAAUAAAAAAAAACCUCCAAA